AUGGACACAGGUUCGACAAUAACUGAUUUCACAACAACUAUUGUAUCUGUAACAGUGGGCACUACUUCUACUAUAUCAAGCACUGAUGCGACAAGAACGGACACAGUUUCUGCAACGGGAAUUGCUACGACAAGUACUGAUAAUACAACAUCAGUCAGUGUUUCUAUAGCGACAACUUUGACAACAACUACAGGUAGCGUGACAAGCAAUUUUUCUAUAACAACGUUGACGUUCACUACUACGAAUGUUCUGCGAUGCAAUGAAUCAAGUGAAGUAGACCUAGGCAAUGGUAGUUGCAUGUCGAAAGAGGCUGUCCGGAUGUUUGCGGUAAGCACUUUGCGGAACAAACCUAGUGACGCCAAUGUCACAGUCACUGUCCUUUCCCUAUAUUUUCAUGCAAUCGUGAAUUCAAAUUUACCAUCGACUUCGGAGAAUACUUUAUCACCUGUUGAAAUUGAUCGAUACGUUAACACGUCGAGUAACGCUACUUUGGUGAUGAGUCGUGAUACAUCGUUCAUUAUGUUCCAACAGCUUGGUGAAUUGUCAACUGUAACAAUUGUCGGUAGUGCAUUUAUACGUGGCAGCGGCGGUCAAGUUCUCAAUAUUUCAGAUUCAGGCGAUGUGAUCGAAUCAAACUUUUCCGCAGCAGCUACGAUUAGCAGUCAAUUUUUAGCUGGUGUCACAUCUCUCAAUAUGCUGAUCAUUGAUAAGCCUACAACAUAUGAAAAGAUAGAUAAUUCAACAAAUAAAUCCCUUGCAUCAUCAGUUAUCGUUGUGGCAGUGAAAAGAAAUAGAAAUGUAUCAACUCCGCUGAAUAUAUCUCUUUUUUUCCAAGUCUUGAAGGAAUAUCAACCCAAUGUAAGCGCCAAUUACUUUUGCUCAUUUUAUGAUACAACUCAAUCGACAUGGAAUGAGUUCGGUUGUAUGAAACCUCGAUAUAAUCUAGCAUUUGAUCGAUAUGAAUGCAGUUGCAAUCAUACAACGACGUUCGCUCUUGUUUGGUUACCUAAAUUACCUCUAACACGCAAUCUCAACGCACAAGACAUUGCAUCACUUAUAUUUCAAUCAAUAUCAAUUUGUUGCUUUCUAGCAAUAAUUAUUCAUGCAAUUUUUAUACGAAUUCGAGAUCCAAUUAUGAGUUUACGAACAAAUGAUGCCCUACCAUUAAUUUCAUAUGCAGUAACAAUGAUUCUUUUUGUUUUUUAUAUUGCUCUAGCAAUGACAGUUUAUACGAAAGAAACAUAUGAUGACGAAGAGCAAUGUUUUUUAAGUUCAAGUGUGUUAAUGUUUUUCGUUUAUUUCUUUUUAAUUUUCAUGUUUUGUGUCAAAACAAGUGUUGGAUAUUUUAAUUAUCUACGAUUUGUUCGUUUAUUUCCUGAACCAUCAUAUCGACGAUUGUUCAUAUUGCUUGUCAUUUCAUUUUUUAUUUCGAUUACAUGGGUCGCUUUUGCAGCUGGAUUUAAUUCUAAUGCAUCGUUUCAAAUUACUAAACUGUAUCCAUAUAAAUUAUGUUGGUUUACUCGUGAUGUUAUUUAUUAUUUUUUGACCAUACCUGUUGGUAUUUUUCUUUUAAUCAAUAUAUUCAUAUUUAUUCGUGUAGCUCAACGUAUCCUACAUCAUGUUCGAAAUGCAACAUCACCUCAUCAUUCAUAUGAAAGAAUGAAACAAUGUGUAGUCAUUUUAUUUUUAUCAUGUGCUACUCAAGGUAUUGGUUGGCUUCUUGGUCCAUUUCUUACGUUUGCAAGUGAAGACACAGCGAAUGUUUUAGGAUGGUUUUUUAUUAUUUUUAAUGGAUUAGAAGGUUUAUGGGUAAUUCUUAUAUAUUUAGUCGUUCGAUCACAACGUAUGGAUGAACAAAAACGUGUGACAACUGUGAGAGAAUUCAGAAAAUCGCAGCAAUCAAAAUCAACGUCUCGUAGAUACAAACAAUCUUCGAGAGAAGAUAAUGAACAAGAAGAUCGUAGCAUAGGAAGAGAAACAGAAGUAAAACAUAGGAAUACUGAUAAUGAAGCAUCGCGCUCAUUUGAUGAUCCACGUGAUAUCAUAAUGAUGGGUUCUCGUGUUGAUGGCAAUACUCUUACAUCAUACUGUUAA